AUGGCACCAAGUGAUUAUAUCUCGGCGGGCUCCGGCAAACUCAAACUGAAAGGCGUGAAGGACUCUAAAGUCGAUAAGAAGAAAAAGAAGAAAUCUUCCUCCAAGGCCAGGGACGAUGAACACUCUGCACCAGGUCAGACGAUGGAUGGAGGCGCCGACGAUCAGUUCAAGGAUCGGUCAGUCAUGUUGAGAAACUUGGAGGAGGAAGAUCAAAAGAUAGCGAGCGACGCAGAGAAGGAGUUGCAGAGACGAAAAGCCGAUUCAGCUGGACGCGCAGAUGAUAGGGCGGAACUGGAGGAGGAAGACGAAGGGGUGGUUGUUAAGACAGAAGCAGAGAAGCGGUAUGAGGAGCAGAGACGGAGAAGGCUCGAAGAACGCCUAAAACGAGAAGGUGUCAAGACGCACAAGGAGCGGGUCGAGGAGUUGAAUCGCUACCUUAGUAGUCUGAGCGAGCAUCAUGACAUGCCCCGAAUAGGACCCGGAUAA